AUGGGGUGGAAGCAUCUUGGCGUGGCCUUUGAGCGCACGGGCCGCGUGCUUAAUGUCACAUGCACGCCCCUGGGCCGCAAGUACGCUGCGCCCAAGCUGCUGAACCACGUGACGGCGCCCGACGUGAUCAUCUGGAGCGCAGUGCUGGCCAGCGCAUGCUUGCCAGGAGUGCUGCCGCCGAUGGUUUUGCUGCAGAAGACCGGCGGCGUGGUGCAGGCAUACACGGGCAGCGGGGUGCUAUGGCGUGACGGCAGUUUCCGCAACGACAUCCCGUCGCAUGAGCUGCGGGCGUCGCUGAACGUGCAGUUCACGGUGGUGAGCCAGGUGAACCCGCACGUGACGCUGUUUUUCUACGACCGCGACGGGGCGAUUGGGCAGCCACCGGCGCGGCGGCUGAGCAGUGUGUGGCGUGGCGGGUUUGUUCUGUCGGCGCUGGAGCAUUUCCUGAAACUGGAUAUCCGCAAAUGGCUGCGGCUGCUGCGCGACCUGGAUCUGGUGCCGCUACUGUUUGGGCAGGACUGGAGCUACGUGUGGCUGCAAAAGUUUGACGGCAGCGUGACGGUGCGGCCGAAGGCGACGGUAGGCGAGUACUUGCGGCUGCUGCGGGACCCGACGCGCUGGGCCGGGUGCUGGAUCGGCUGGUGA